AUGACGGGAGUGGCGUUACGACGAAAUAAGUUAGUGGUGCAACAAGAAAUAAGGUUCGAGCAAGAGGAGAUGAUCGAGGAGCAGGAAGCGUUGAUAGACGAGCACGAGCCUAGCGCAAUGGAGGGCUGGCAGGAGGACAACGGACGGUUGCUAUUGAUCGACGGCCAUCCUGUAGUGUACCGGGCUUAUCACCAGAUAUCAGCGCGGUUACACCACAGCGGUUACAACACCUUCGCACACGACGAGGACGUCAUGGGCACGCUCUUCAAGUCCUUUGAGCAGAUCGUCAACCUUCUAGCGAUGCUCCCAACACACGUAGCACUGGUGUUCGACCAUGGGGACCCCACGUUCCGCCACAACUCCUUCCAGGGAUACAAGAGCACGCGCCCGCCUCGCCCUGACGCCGUGUCACGCGCCAUGGAGCUCAUGCAGGCCGCCCUGCGCGCGCUGGAGCUGCCGUCUUUUGCGAUAUCCGGAGUGGAGGCGGACGAUGUGAUAGCGACUCUUGCAACAGAGGCGCUGCAGAAUGGCAUGAAGGUGCGCAUAGCAUCGCCUGACAAGGACUUUUUCCAGCUGCUCUCUCCCAACCUCAAGAUGCUGCGACCCACACAACGCCCCAAGCGGGGCAGUCCGCGCUACCCCACGUCACACUUCUACACAUACGCAGAGGAGGACUUUCGGAGGGACUGGGGCGACGUGGAUCCGCCGCUCUUUGCUGACGUCCUCGCCCUCAUGGGUGACGUCAGCGACAACAUCCCCGGGGCGCGUGGCAUUGGCCGCAAGAACGCACCCAAGCUUGUCCGCAAAUACGGGUCUGUGGAACGAAUACUGGAGCGGCCUGAGCAAAUAUUGGACAAGAGGGGAAGAGAGGCAGUGAUAGCCAGCAGAGACUCUAUAAUCCAAUCAAAGGAGCUGGUGUCGCUUCGCAUGAAUGUGCCACAUGGGAAGUCAUGGGACGACCUCCGCUUUCGCCCACCCGCGGAUGAUGGUGUCGAUUUUUGGAAGUUUAUGCAAACAUUGGAAGAGGAUUCAAUCCAAAUGAAGUCUGGCAUAAGGAAACGAUUGGAGGCAGUUUGUCCUCUCGAUAACUCCGCCUCUCCUGCCGUCCCGGACACAUUCCGUUCCGCCAGCAAGAACAAUUCCAAUCAGGAUCUUUCGAAUCGCACAGGCAGUCCGAGCGGCUUUCUGUCGCGAGGAGGCAAUGCGAAUGGGUACGGGGACAGGGACAGAGACAGAGGGGGAAACAGGGAGUAUGACAGAGACAGGGACAGAGACAGGGACAGGGACAGGGAUUGGGUCAGGGGGGUGAGCGGUCUUGGCGCCAAAGGCGCGGGUGCUAGCAGCAGCGGCAACAGCGGUGCAUCCCGCACUCAGCGCACCCUCGUCUACUCCGACGAGUCUCCCGACCGCCCUCUAGGAUCCCCCUCCCAGAUCCUGCUCGCGCCCGCCUCCCCGCCUCGCUUCCACUCCCCCCUGCGCAAUGCUAGCCCCAACCCCGGGCCUGCCAGCAGAGGCUUCGGUCGUGGUCCCUCUGGUGCUGCCUCUUCGUCCUCCUCCUCUUUCAAUCAGCUAACUCUACUCGCCUCAGGCGACGAUGGGUCAGGAUCCCCGGUUCCAUCAUCCUCUGGAGCACAAUUCGCAGGAGGAGCAGGAGGAGGAGUGGGAAUGGGAAUGGGUAGCCGUACCCCCAUGACCGCCCCUCCCGCUUCUCGCAGCCGCAUGGCUGCUUACUCCUCUCCCUCCCCAGACCCUCGUUACCCCAGUCCGGGUCACUCAUCCGGGUAUGACUCAGAGUCAUCCCCUUCCGUUGCUGACGUGGCAGCUGCUGCCCUGUCUGACGUGUCAGAGGAGGAUUUGCGGACAAGAACCCCGGUGAUGGUGGGGAAGCGGGCGCUGAUGGGAGUGGAGGGGAUGGGAAUGUCAGGGUCGCCCGGGUUCCUGUCGGGGUUCAUAUCGUCUCGGCCCAAGAACGACCGCGCUGAGAUGCUGGACCCCAAGUUUUACCUCGAGUCGUUUGACGCAGUGAGGGCGGAGCUGGAGCAACUACCGAGCGAUACGGUGGCGCUGCAGCAGCUGGGCAUGCACAGUGGGCGGCGGCUGCUGCAGCUGGACGUGAUCACGGAGCAGCUGGCCACGCAGGUCAUGAACCACCACCAGAAAAUGGUGCAAGGAAUGCAGCUGGUGGGGGAGCUGGACCGGGAGCUGCGUGUGGUGUCCGUCAUCUGCCGGAAUGCGAGGAGGCAUCUGAACAAGGCGAUGGAGGAGGUGGCGAGCGACUUGGUGGUGGCUGCCAGUGUCAACAAAAAGAAGAUGCUCACCAGCAUGCUGCCAGUACUGAUGCGCAUGCAGCAGGUGGUGGACGUGCGGGGGCGCAUGGACGCAUGCAUCGACGAGGGCGAUUUCGCCCGCGCGCUGCGCCUCUGCUCGCACUGCCUCGUUCUCAUCGAGCAGAACGCACAACUGGCGUCGAUACGAGACAUGAACAUCAGCAUAGAGGAGUGGCUCACCCGGGUCGUAGACCACGUGGACGCUCUCCUUUUCACAGUCUGCAAGUCCUUCGACUCGCCUUCUUAUGGCGUCGUGAUCGACGCGUAUGCAGUGAUGGACGAUGCGGCCACGCUGGCCGACAAGGUGCAGAACUUCUUUGCCCAGUCGGUCGUCACCUGCACCUAUGACACACUGCUGCAGUUCCUCGAGCAGGCGAUGGGGGAGGAUGACGGGCACAGAAGCAGGCUGGCCUACAGUGAGCUGUGUGUCGAACUGCCGGACGGCGUGUUUCGUCUGUGUCUGCUGCGCACUCUGGGUGUGCUCUUUGACCUAUUCUCAUCGCACCACCACAUGAUGACGUGGCGCCACCCCUAUGUCAAGCGCCCCAACACCAUGUCAAUGGACCGCUUCCCCCGCAUGGCAGCACCGGACCCCGUCACUGCUGCAGCUGCUGCUGGUAGUGCUGCUGCUGCUGCUGCUGGUGCUUCUAGUGGUGCUGGUGAGGCAAACGGGGCUGCAGCUUCUGAAAGCGCAGCAGGUGGUGAGGGGGGCAGGGCAGCCGGGGAGUCGCGAGAGGGGUUGCAUGCGAGGCGGAGGAGCCAGAGCUUGGUGAUUGAGAUCCCUGGGGGCGGUGAGCAGCUGCAGGAGAAAGCCGAGGAGGGGCUGAACGAGAGGGACAACGGGGCUGAACCAGGGAAGGUGCAAGAGGGGGAGCGAAACAGCGGGAGUGAGGGUGCUGGUGGGUCAGACGGGCAGAGAUUAGGUGCGCAGAGGACGGAAGCACAGAGGUCAAGUUCAGAGAGGACAGACGCACAGGUGAAGCAGCAGACGGGGCAUGCGCAGUUGCAGCAGCAGAGGCGGCAGGUGAGGCGGUCGUCAAGUGAGGGGCACAACGAGGCAUGGGGCAGCGCUGGUGCUGCUGCUGGUGCUGAGGCUCUGGUGCGAGACGGCCGCCCUCCCAUCCCCUCUGCAGGGCCUUCUGGGACAGAAGCAGCCGGAGGAGGCGGAGGCGGAGGAGGAGGAGGAGGAGGAGGAGGUGGGGGGAUGGGAGAAGGCAUUGCGGCAGCAGCUGUUGCUGCAGCAGCGGCAGCAGCAGCAGGCGUUGGUGGUGGAGAUGAUAGAAGCAGAAACCGGGGUGGUGGCGGAGGGGGAGCGGACAUGGCACUGAGAACAGACGAUGUGAUGAUGAUGGGGAGUGACUUUAGAGAGGGGUGGCUGGCGGACCUGCCGCCCAACGUGGCGCGUAAAAUGCGCGUCAGCACCACGGCUGCUGUCUGCCGUGCACUGCAGAAGAAUAGAAAGGCCGUGUGGGAGCUGGCAGCUCGCAGGAACUUGUGGACACGGGCUGAUGAGGCUAGCAGGGAGGGGUCGCUGGCGGACCUGCCGCCCAAUGUGGCGCGUAAAAUGCGUGUCAGCACCACGGCUGCGGUCUGCCGCGCGCUGCAGAAGAAUAGGAAGGCCAUGUGGGAGCUGGCGGCUCGCAGGGUGGGUGCGCUGCUCACUGCGCCCGCGCUCUGCUCAGGAUCGUCACAACAGUUCCUCCAGGUGCGUUGCAGGCUGGCAGGACGUGUGGGCAUGGCGUUGGGAACCCACGAUGUGAUUCUGAUUGGGUUAAGAGGGGCGUGUGGGAGCUCGCGGCACGGAGAGUGGGAGCGCUGCUCACCCCUUCCGUGCUCUGUUUGGAGGUCCAUCCUCCCAGCAGUUCCUCCAGGUGGGUUGCUGGAGCGGAUGGACAAGUUCCCAUCGCAGCAGUGUGCGAGGCGUCCACGGGGAUGCAGGCGGUCGGGUCGGGAAGCAAGCUACGACUUCAGAGGAGCCGCACAAGUCAUUUCCAUACAUUGUCAUCUCCUCUUCUCCUGCGGCCCUGGUGCCUGUGCCUGGAGUGGGUGGGUGGACAAGUUUGCAGCUGUGGCCGAGGCGUGCAGGGGAGACGGCGGGUGCCUGGAGUGGGUGGACAAGUUCGCAGCAGUGGGAGAGGCGUUUACAGGGGUGGAGGCGGCAGGGCUGAGAACCAAGAUGGUGAAGCAGAGCGAGGUGUACUUCAACACCUUCCACCGCCAGAACCUCAAGAGUGUUCUUUUCAGCACUCCUCUGAGCAAGGUGUACUUCAACACCUUCCCACCACCAGAAGAACCGCAAGGUGCUGAAGUGAAGAUGAUUCUGGAGCGGGAGAGAAAUGAGUGGCGCCACUCCUUCCUCCCCCACUUUCCUGUCGCCUCUCUCUCCUCCCCUCCCCUCUCCCCUGCUGUGCUUGCUCCCAUCAGAGAGAGUGGGGGAGUGGAGGGCGGGGGUUCAGGUGGUGAGGGAGCGAAGGAGAGGAGGGAUUUUCGUGAGUGGUUGGAGCGAGGGAACCCGUUUGCAGCAGUGGAGGCGGGGGAGGAGGAGGCAGCGGAGGGGAGGGACGGAGGGGAGAGGGCGGAGGGGGGUGAGAGGAGCAGCAGCGGGAGUGGCGGAAGGGGGGGAAGCAGGGAAGGGGGAGCAGGUGCUGGGUCCGGUGAUUCUGCAGUGUCAGCAGGAGCAGCAGCAGCAGGGGCGAGGGAAGGGGGAGAAGCAAGCAGCAGAGGGCAAGCAGGGAACCCACAGGGGCGGAUUCUGCCCGGGGGGCGAGCAGAGCCAGACAGAGCGAGCCGAGGGGAUCGGAGCCAAGCCCCAGCGAGGGGAGCAGGAGCUCGGGGCAGGUUCAGUGGGGAUGGGGAUGGGGUAGGGGACGGAGAGGAGGAGGAUGACGAGAGGGAGGAGCUUAUGGCGGAUUAUAUCGACGAGGAGGAGGUGGGGUUGUCCGCUGCUGUGCUGGCAGGGAGAGGCAGAAGGAGGUCGGAGGAUGGAGGGGGGGAUGUGGGGGGGAGAGGCGGGCUGGAUACGGGCCUGGCGCUCACUGGCGCUGCUCUCACUGUCAUCAGGCUCAUGGACCGCUACACGCGCCUCAUGGGGCUGCUGCCUCCCAUUGCUUCUGGGAUCUUCGCAGGUCUGUGCCAGCUGUUUGACCUCUACCUCGUGACGGUCUUCCGGCUGUUCGGCAGCCCCGAUGCCGUCAGCACCCUGCGCUCCUCCGACCCCGCUGCUACCGCCCUGCUGACCCCCAAGCUGCGCACCACGCUGGCACGUGUCGCGCAGGGAUUGGACGACGCGCGCAACCGGCCCAUCUCGUCCCUCUCCCCCACCGGCACUCCCUCCGCGACUGGAGCAGCGGCAGCAGCAGCGCUGGGAGAAGCAGCGGCCGCGGCUGCAGCAGCAGCAGUGGAGGCGGUGGGGGGGGUGAUAAGCGGUGGGAGCAGUGGCAGCUUGGCAGGGGGAGGUUCGAACAACGUACUGGUGUCUUCGUCAAACAUGUUCGGACUUAAGGAGCGCUGUGUGGCAAUGGAGUCAUUAAUGUGGCUAACAGACAUGCUGCGGCAGACCAAGCCGCGCUUCCAGUCGCUGCUCGCCCCGCCCGCCUGGACUGCCAUGGAUGUCUUCUAUGCGCGCACGCUAGACGCAGUACCAGACUUGUGGGAGCAUGUGCUGCGGACCCUCGUGAAGCUGCUGCUGAACAUAGCGGGCACGGCGGACCGCAUCGCUGCUGUCAACUGGGAGCCAGCUGACAUCGGCACACAGCACAACAUAUAUGUGGAGAAUCUGGUUGCGGAGUUCCGCCUCUUCGCCCACCGCCUGGGGCAGUCCGGAGCUCCCCGACAGGUGCAGGACCAGCUGGUGGCAUACGGGUUGGACGAGCUCUGUGACGUCAUGCUCGACGGCAUCUGCCGGGUCAAGAAGUGCAACAGCAAUGGCCGCGCCCUCAUGUCCCUCGACCUUCAGGUGUUGGUGCAGGGGCUUCAGCCCAUAGUGGGGCGGGGGGCGGUCAAGGGACUGCAGCUCGUCGACAACUACAUUAAGGCCUUCUACUUGAGUGAGAGCCAGAUCAUCGACUGGGUACGAGCACAUCCGGUGAGUGCCCUGCCCUGCUCACUGCCCGCCUCAUCGUAG